GUUCUGAUUUAUCUCCUCUCUGCCUUUAGGUUCUGCUCAAAAACCUCACCUCCUUUUUAGGUUGAUUAUCUUUGCUCUGCGCCGCCGCGAAUUCUCUCUUAAUCUCACUCAAUAAUCCCUCCCAGUUUGCGUACCCUCAGAAACGUCCGUGAUGAGGAAGUUAAAGCCCCAUGAGAAGAAGCUUCUGAAGAAAGUAAAUUUCUUAGUAUGGAAAAGAGAAGGUGGGCAUCGGGAACACCUAAUUACCCAUCGAUACCACAUGGGAGAGCGUGAUGAUUACAAAAAGUAUUCAGGUUUGUGUAGGAUGGUGCAGAAACUGACGAAUGUGUUGAAGCAGAUGGAUCCAGCUGAUCCUUUUCGGAUUCAGAUGACAGAUACGCUUUUGGAGAAGCUGUACAACAUGGGCGUUAUACCGACUAGGAAAAGCUUGGCUUUGACUGAGCGGUUAUCAGUUUCGUCCUUCUGCAGACGUAGGCUAUCGACUGUGCUUGUUCACCUGAAGUAUGCAGAGCACUUGAAAGAAGCUGUGACAUAUAUAGAGCAAGGACACAUUCGUAUAGGACCAGAUACAGUUACUGAUCCAGCUUUCUUAGUGACUCGGAACAUGGAAGAUUUCAUCACUUGGGUUGAUUCUUCCAAGAUCAAACGAAAGGUGCUUCAGUACAAUGACAAAUUGGAUGACUAUGACAUGAUUGCUUAACUUUUGAGGAGAUUAAGUUAUUGUGAUGAUGCUUUCGUGUUUUGUAUAAGCCAAGAAAGUUUCAGUGCUUUAUUUAUUAUGCAAGGUUUGGAUAUUUUGGUUAUAUUCUUUGUGGAAUAUGGCAAAUGUUAACUA